AUGUGGGCGCUGUCCUGUGGCAGCACUAGUGGACAGCCGUCGACGCCCACUGCCUUCGAGAGUCCGCCCAUGCGGCCAGUAGCUGCCACGAAGAUCGGCUACGAGACGUUUCUGGAGAAACGAGCAGCGGCAGCAGAGCUGCAGCGAGCUGCAGUGACCCCAGUGACUCCACUGGAACGGGCACUGCAGGAGGACGAUACGCUGGUGGCCAACCAGUGGCUGCAGGGGAAGAAGCGCGCGUCGCCAGCUAUAGUGGAGACCGUGCAGCCACCUGAUCGAGGAAGAGAUCAGGCGACCAACCGUCGAGCCAGUCGCACGCUGUCUACGCUCGACCUGGACGAGCUGCAGCUGCCCGACCUGCACGAAGCGCUGUGUUGUGUCUAUUGCCGCCCUAGCACGUGGUCGCCUGCGUUUACCUCCCCAGGCGACUUUACGCUCAAGAUGGCGUCGGUCUUUCCAACCAAUGGCGAGAUCUGCUUCCGCAUUGCAGUCAUGUGCAGCUGCGCGUGGUUCCUUCGUGACGGGGCGCGCGUGAAGCCCGUGUUGAAGCGACAGUACUACACGUCGUAUGUUGAGCGAACGCAGCGCGAGGUUGUGCAGCUGACGGAAGCCCUGGCGCUUCACGAGGCGCUCGACGAGUAUGGCGGAGAAGUGCUUCAGUUCCUGGAUUCCGUGAUGCAGAUCACGGCCAUUGGCUUCAACCGACUCGUGACGCUACACGAACCCGUGUGCAAUAACGUGCAGCUUCGAGAUUUCUUGGGACUCGCGCUGAGCUACAGCGAGCAACCUGUCGUUGCAACGAGCUCCUGUGACGCGCGAAUCGAAGGCCAAGACGGUAGUGCUUGUCGACCAGUGCUGCCCAGCGCAUGGAUGGACGCUAAUCCGAGUACGUCGUCAGAUGCCAUUAUCAGCGAACCAUGGCAUGCCAUGAAGCGCUCGCCACGUGCUCGUAGCUACGACACCCGAAGCGUUCGCAGCGACUGGGACUCGCCGGUGCCGUCGCGCAGGUCGACUCAACCCGGCGCUGGCAAGUGCGUCCGCUACGUCGAUCCAAGAUCCUGGACCGAGGAGCCACCGAGUGGUGAUGGAUCGUUCACCGUAGAGAUCACGAGCGUCUCUGUCGUCGCCGGCGUCGCUCGGUUUACCAUUAGUGUGCUCUACUGUGCCAGUGGACGCCUCGAGACCACAGCCGUCGAGCGGCGCUACUCGGAGUUUGACGCGCUCGCGCGCGCGCUCGAGGCAAAAGUGCCGUCGCUCCAGCUCUGCAAGUGGCUUCCGCCCAAGACCGUCUUCUUCCGCACCCUCACGGUCCGCUCUCUCGAGCGUCGCGCGGCGUCGUUGCAGCGCUUUUUGCAGCACCUGCUUCAACUCCGCUUCCACGGCCUCCUCGACGAAGCAGUGCCGCUAGCUGCUGAGCCGUCUGUCCGCAGCUUCCUCCACCUGCCAGCGGUCGAGUGGGUUGUCGUCCCAUGGAGCAAACGGUCGCCUGCACAUGCGGUGGCACGUCGAGAAGACUGUGGCACAAACGUCUCGCGGUCCCCUACGGCCGCGUCCGAGUGGUCCCAGUGCGACAACACGUCGCCUCGACGCACGUCGCUCGUCUCUCGGUCCGACACGAUCUUUGUACGACGUAGCGACUCCAUGUAG